UCUUCCUAAAUCAAAAUGAUCCCAGUCUUCACCACCUUGACUUUCUUUGUGCUUUGGGCUACAGAUGUUCAGUCUCAGUCUGUGCUGAUCACUCAGUGGCCCCACUACAUCUCCAGUCUUCCCAGUGGCUUGGCAGAAAUGCACUGCUACCAGAAUAACACUGAUUAUGAAUAUCUGUACUGGUACAGACAGCUGAGAGGAAAAAGCUUUCAGUUAAUUGUGUCUAUACUAGUUGGCAAUGCAAACUAUGAAGAAGGAUUCAAAUCCGGUUUUCAGGCAGUGAAAUCGAAGGAGAAGCAGUGGUCUCUGACGAUAACCAGUGUUCAGGAGAAAGAUGAGGCUGUUUAUCUGUGUGCUGCCAGUCUACACAAUGAAGCUUACUUUGGAAAGGGAACAAAACUGACUGUUUUGGAACCAGACCAUGCUGUUACCAAACCAAAAGUGACAGUGCUUCCACCUUCGCAAAAAGAGUGUCGAAACCCAAAAAACAAGGAAAGGGAGAAGACCAUUGUUUGUGUGGCCAGUGAAUUCUACCCAGACCAUGUCAGUGUGUCCUGGACGAUUAAUGGGUCCAUUGUCAGAGAGGGGGUGGCGACGGACAACGCUGCCCUGCGGGUCGGAAAGUAUUACCGAAUCACCAGCAGGCUGAGGGUCGCGGCAGAAACUUGGUACAAUCCCAGCAUAAAGUUCACCUGCAUUGUCACUUUCUACAAUGUGACAAAUACUGACUAUCCAGCCCACAUUUUUGGUGAAACAGCUGUAGGAGAUGGCAUGACAAGAGAUAAAUAUUUGAGGAUCACACAGACUGCCAAACUCUCCUACGGUGUUUUCAUCAUCAAGAGCUGCAUCUAUGGAGCCUUUGUUUCAUUUUUGGUGUGGAAACUUCAGGGUUCAGCUGGAAAGCAACACAACUGAGAGCUGAGCUGAGGCCUGAACAAAUGGCUUCUAGGAGAUCAGUAGUGUUGGUUUCUGUAAAUAAAGGUUGAAAACAUUGAAGUUAUAUUUCCACAACUUUAUAUGUUGCAGUGCAUUUGUGUUUGUUACUCAAUUAGAUGAUCGAAUUCUGCUAAAAUAGAUGAACUAUGUAUAUUCUAGUUAUAAUCUUAAAGCUACUUUGGCAUCACAUUUUUAGACAUACUUAAUAAUUCUGUGUAUUUGUGAUUGUGAAUCGCUUGUUUGCUUAAUUUUCUUCUCAAUAAAAGUAUUUCAGAGGA